AUGUGGGGAACAAAUGAGCAGGCUGAGUGUGGAGAACUGUUGGUCUGCAGACAGGUAACAGAUAUCAGAGAAAAGCUAAAGCAGUCCAAAAAGUUCUGGUCCACAUUGCCCUAUACUAUCUGCAGUGAUAGGAAAGUGACAGCUGGCAUGCCAAAUGAUGAAGAAUGUUGGAACGGACACAGCAAGGCCAGAUACUUGCCUGAAAUUAUGAAUGAUGGCCUAACCAAUCAAAUCAACAACCCUGAAGUAGAAGUGGACAUAACAAGACCAGACACCUUCAUUCGUCAGCAGAUCAUGGCCCUGAGGGUGAUGACCAACAAACUGAAGAAUGCCUACAAUGGAAACGAUGUCAACUUUCAGGAUACAAGUGACGAGGGUAGUGGUUCUGGAAGUGGAAGUGGAUGUACCGACGAAGUCUGCCCUCCAGACUUUGACUUUAUAACAACAGAAGUUGCCCCUGUUAGUCCUGGUCGAAGUGAACUGGAUUCUUCAGCAACUAAGAUCCAUGGACCUUUCCUCACAGUGUUUACCAUCAGCAUAUUACUUACACUUCAGAGACAAUGGAGAUAAUCCUGGAAAAAAAAUCUAGGAAAGACAGUCUUUUAGCUUCAAAGACAGCCAAUCUUCCUCUUUUGUUAUACCCUUAAAACAAGAUUUCACUUAAAACCUAUUUUCUUAUUGACAAGAGUAGUACUAUGACCAGCUUUCAUUUAUUUUCAGUUCCAAAGACUCUCACUAUUUUGAAAGACUUCCAGCUUCUCCAGACAACCGUGAAGAAAGCAUCUUUCCUACACCAGUCAUGCCAGACUUUAGGUGAACUAGUUUAAGACUUAGACAGUCUAAGUCAAGAAAAUGAGCAAAAAAUUAAUGUUCUUCGGGCCGUGAAUAAAUGACCAUCAUGUUUGUGUUUCAUUGGAUUUUAUGGUCACUGCCACUUCUCAGUAUAGAUUUCUUGCUGUUAUACAUUGAUAUUUCUGUCAACAUACUAGAAAGGAAAGCUGUUGUGGGUGGGACACAGUUGCUAAUGCUCAGGAGAAUUCUGAAUUGCUAUAAUGAAAAUAGCAUGUGGGACAACACAGAGAACAUUAUUAAUUUUGCAGAUAUGAAUACUAUUUUGCUGAAUAUGUAUUUGAUUGUCAUUACUAAAGACACUGCUUUUCAUCAGAAUAUUUCUUCAUUAAGCUAUUAAUUCUCAGAUAUCCUGUUAGUAAUGAAAAAUAUUCAGGAAAACUAUUUUUGUAGACAAAUAUUUGUUUCUAUUGAUUAGCUAGAAUAAUGGCAGGAUAAACACCUUAUGCUGUAUACUAUAAAGUAAAAUAGUUCAACAUGUAAACUACUAAGAUGGUAUACUACAGGGAGAUACAAUAAA